CCUUACUCAACUAGUUCAUUUUAGAAAAAUAACCUUCCUAUUGCCAGUUUUAAGCUUAUAAUAAACUGAUAAAAUGUUUACUGAUCUCUUAUGUUUAUUUUCAAGAUGUUAAUAAUUAGCUUUUAUAUUAUUUUUUUUUUAAAUAUGGGGAAAAAAUUACUGACACAUUACAUAACACACAUUGAAUGGUGAUUGGUCAAUACAAAGGGAAUACAUGAUUAGGUUAGAUAAUAAAUUUCACUUUGGUAAAAUGAUGAAAUUUCAUUUAGAGAAAGUUUUAUUUCAAUCUUUAUAAUCAGGAAUAUUCAUGGGAAUGUGAUAGAUUAACAAAAAUACUACUGAUUAUAUUCAGAAUUCAAAAUCAUUAUUAUUAUUACUAACCAGUCAACUGGGAAAUUUUUUUAUUUUUUAAAUCACUGCAAAGAAAUUUCUACCACUUAUUCAUCGAUUCCUCCUGAGAACUUUAUGUGUAGAUAUAUACUCAAAGAAUUCAAUAAUUGUUUUUCAUGAUAACAAUCACUCAUUGGUAUAUGAAGAAUACCAGAAAUAAUUAAUAGGACUAGUAUAAUUAGUAUUAAAAUUAAUGGAACUAUUCAUUGUUACAUCAUCAUAACACAAGUAAUGAAAUCCUAAGACUAAAUAAAAAUGGAAUAUAAUACACAAAAGUUUAGACAAAAAAUAUUGUAUUAAAGAAAAAGAAGGUCCUAUAGUAGCAGUUAUAUUACAGUUAAAGUACACUUUUGACUAUCAUUGAAAAACGUAAUUCAUUCAUGAUAAUUCUUGGAAGAUAAUAUAUAUAUUUCAAUAACAUUUGGGAUUUUAUUAUUUGUCAUAUUUAUGUAUUAUCAAGAUAUUCAAAAAUCAAUAAUCAUUCAUCUGUGUAGUAUAAUACCAUCCAAUUCACAAUAAUAAUGAGAUAUGAAUCUUCAGUUAUCCUUAUUGAUUGAUCGUGAAAGUUUUGAUACAAUUAAUGAAAUCAAUAAUUCACUUGAUAAUUCAAUUAUAAAUAAUCAAUAUUUCUUACAAUCAUCAUCUAUUCAAUCCAAUUACUCACAUUAAACAAUCAAUAUAAAUCAUGAUUCUAUAUGAAUAAUUGAUUAUAAUCAAUAAAUUGAUGAAAUUAUUGAAAAUCAAUAAAUAUUGAUUUAUCUAAAAUGAAUUAUGAAAAAAAUUUCAAUCAAGAUAUUGACAAUAAUAAUAAUAAUAAUAAUAAUAAUUUAGAAUUUCAACAAAUUCAUACAAAUAAAAAAAUUAGUCAAUUAAAAAAAUAUCAAAAAAAAUUUCAUAAUCAUUGUAAAUUAUGUUUAAAACAUAUAAAAUUACCUAUAUGGUUAUCUAAAUUAUUAUUAUGGAUUUAUACACAUUUAAGUAGUAUAUUUACAUAUGGAUUAUUUUUAUUAGCUAUAUAUGCAUGUAUUAUAUCAAUUAAACCAAGUAUUGCAUUACCACCACAAUGUCGAUUUAUUUCUAUCAUAAAAAGAAUAGAUCAAUUAACAAAUAAUUCUAUGAAUGAUAAUCAAUUCUCAGGGAAUAAAUUUGAAAGAGCACUUGAAUGUCGUCAUGGUGAAGCAUUAAGUAUACUUAUUUUCUAUGGUUUUGGUUUUAUGUUUGGUGAGAUAAUGGAGCUUUUACAUUUACCUGGACUAUUAGGUAUGUUUUAUUGUGUUAUAUAUGUAAUUCAUGAAUCAUUUUAAUAAAAUCAAUAGGAAGGUAUAUAUUUUAAUCUGUGUAGAAUGAAAUACAGGUUAACAAAGAAAAUUUUCAUGAUGGUCUCUUUUACUAUCAUUGACAUUUUAUUCAGAAUUGUCUAAACAUAUUGAAAGUUAAUCAGACAUUUGAUCGAUCGAAUAUAAUUGCAUAAUAAUCAAAGGGCAAUAAGAUGAAGACAACACAAAGAGGUAUGAGAAAGAUAAAUAUCCACUUGAAUGAAUACAGAAAAGACAAACAAGAGAUGGGCAUUUGUCAAAGACAACCUACAAAUUAAGAAUGGGGGGGGGAAUUACAGCAAUGAUAAAGUAUGAGAUUGAAUAUAUCGCUUCUGCAUACAGAUCAGGUUUAAAUUGAUGGAUCAUCAAGUCAUCUGCUAUCCACAAAUUUCCCAUCCAACUUCCUUUACAAACAAUUUGUGAAAUUAAAUGAAGAUUCUGGUGAAAAUCUAUGAUAAGCAAUGAAUAGAUGCUCAGACAGGGGUUUAAUGAGUAACUUUUGACUCAUUUUCUGAUAGCCAUGAUAUCUGGUGCUCGGAAAUGAGUUCGGAAGUGCUGUAGAACUCUUUGUAUGGACAAUAGAACAUGAUCUACAGGAGUAUGUAAUCUGGUAAAUAAAAAUUAUGGCAGCCCUAAACCAACUUAUCUUUAACAAAUCCUUGGAUCAGUUAUAAAUUGAAGAGGAUUUUCCAAAUCUACACCCAAUGGAUUUUUAUAUUACCAAAAUUCUUAGAUAUCCAUUACAUUAGUUACAUCAUACAGUCGACAUUUUUUAUUACGUUAUUACUAUAAUCAUGAAUGGUUGUCGGAUCUAGCCAUUUAAAAUUUCACACUCCUGAAACAAUAUUUGAGUACAUAAGAUUAUGUGCUGUUCGUUAAGGAUCACCUGAAAGUUGGUCUGGAUAAACUAAGUGCUGCGAUAGCCCAAGUCUUUUACUCAUAAACUCGUUAAAUAUAUCAUAAAAUGAUUUGUACCUUCCCCCCACAAAUCAGUUUUUCCAAAGCUUUCUACGUCUUCAUUCGUAUACCAUAAUAGUCAAAACAUUUCAAUCAAGAAAUCAUCUAAUAAUUGAUCAUAAGUCUGGAAACUUUAUGCUACCAAUGUGAUCCAUUAAAUUUGACACAACAUUAUUACUAGAACAUAGAAAUAUUCAUAUAUGACUGUUAAGUUAUCAAAUACACUUUAGAUUUCUUCUAUAAACUAGCUCAUUUAAUAAGUCCAUUUUCUUAUGCCAUCAAUUAUAAGGGACUUAUUUGCUUUAAAUCUCAUGAUGCUACUGAACUGUCGGAAGUGAUGUAGAUGUAGACAGCUAAUCAAUCGAUUAUGAUCCGAAUAGUUAAACUAAUGAACAAUUUUAGAAACAUACCAAUUUUCAAUUAAAAAAGUAUAAAAAAGAAAUUUAUUUUCUUCAUUGUUACAAAUGAAUUACACAUCUUACUUGUAUUUGUUCCUCUGUUAAUUGUAUUUUAUGAGACUUUAUGUUUGAUGCAGAUAAAAACACAGAAUUUUUGUAUAUUGUAAUGUUAUAAUUCAGUAUACGGUAUAAGCAAUAUUGCAUAACGAGAUAUAACAGUCAGAUGAAGCAUUAAUCGCAAAGGUAUGUUACUUGGAGGAUUGUUUCUGAGAAAUAUUGGUGGACUUUUGAUUCCGGAACAGAUUUACCACACAGGUCAAUUACCAAGUGGAAGUCUUCCUUAUGGAUACAAUUCUAAUUUAUUGAAUUCCACUUCUUACAAUGAGAAGGAAUAUCCUUUUAAUAUAACUGAUCCACGUACUCAGUUUGCUGCUCUUUUACUGGUAAAUCCAGUUUUAUCUGGAAUUUUAAGACAACUUGCUUUGACUACAAUUCUAACUCGGGCUGGUUUGGGUCUUGAUCCUCAAGCAUUGAAACAAGUAUGUGGUAGUGUAUUUCGUCUUGCAUUCAUACCAUGCCUUACAGAAGCGACAUCUUUGAUGCUAUUUAGCCGUUUUUUGAUUGGAUGGCCUUGGUCAUGGGGAGCUAUAUUAGGAUUCGUUUGUGCAGCUGUAUCACCAGCUGUGAUAGUGCCAAAUAUGAUGCGCCUGGAAGUUACAGGGUGGGGUGUAGCUGAAGGUAUACCUACCCUUGUUGUUGCUGCUUCCAGUUUAGAUGAUGUUGUUGCGAUUACUGGAUUUGGUGUUGCCCUCGGUGUAGCUUUAUCCACAGAAAAAAGUUUAGUGAAUACAUUAUUUUGGGGACCACUUGAAGCAAUCAUAGGUGCUUCAUUUGGGGCAGCAGUGGGAAUAUUAUUACUUUUCUUUCCACCACCAAAACUCGAGCAUUCCCAUUUCAUUCGAGGCAUACUUCUGGUGUGCUUUGCAAUAACUGGGUUAAUCGGUUCGGUCGCAAUACAUUUACCAGGUGGAGGUGCAUUGUCAUGUUUAACUUUAGCUUUUAUCGUGGCAACUGGUUGGCGGAGAGGAUUUCCAUGGCGUUUAACGCAGUCAGCAAGUAUACCAACGGAAUCCUCAUCAAAUAAUGCACAAAACCAACAUUAUGAAAAUUCAAAUUAUCAAGCGAAACCAAAAACAGAUAAACCUAAUCUGUCUUCGUCAAGAGAUUCUGUCCUUACUAAUGAAGACUCUCAAGAAAACCUUAAGAUAGCCCCCUCGAAGCUUGAAUCCAUUGAUGAAAAAUAUAGGCAUUCUGAUGAUGAUAUUGACUCAGAAAGUAUGACGAAGCAUCAGAAAGAUCUAAACAAUCCAAACAUACUUGAAUCGUUGGUAGAAUUUCAUCCUUAUUAUUGCUCAAUUUUGCGUCAGCAGUAUGGCCAGCAUUCAUCGGGUGAACAUAGUAACCGCAGCAGCCUCCGUAAUCGCCUCCCAUCUGAUGGUGACAGGAAACGAGGAGAUCUUCCUUCUUUAGCUGUUGCAGUAGCAGCUACUGGUAAUGAGAAAAAAGUAGAAGGAUCUUUAGCCAAACAACCUCAACAGAAUAGUUACCAGCAACAGACUCAGCAAACAUCGACAAUCACUUUUCAAAAACCAAAAGCAUCUCGAAGAUUUAGUCUACCUGAACCUACUGCUCACUACGAACUGGAAUCAUUUUCCGUGUCUCAGCAGUUUCGCCGAGGAAGGAGUCCAUCUAGUGCAAACGCUUUACGUCAUAUGAACAGGUCAAGGCGUAGAAUUCUUGCACCAUUUCCGGAUCAGUACUCACCAUUUUACAACAACCAACCGGUUGAAAAAGUUGAAGAAGUUGAAGAAAAUGAUGAAUGCUCAUCUAACGAAACAGAAAGACCAGAUGAUGAUCAUGAUGAUAACAAUUUUGAUAGUUCUAAUAAUCAAGAACAACGUUUCAGUGAUGUUGUUGUUCCAGCUACACCUGUUGAACGUGGAUUGGCUUGUUUGAAUUCAAUGAGAAGAACCAUGGCAGUCACAUGGUGGUUUGUUCAACCUAUUCUGUUUUCUUUAAUAGGAUCAGAAGUAGACAUACUACAUAUGCCUGGUGGUUCAACUGGACGUGGAAUCGGUGCAUUCUUACUUGCUCUAGUUGCUCGUUUAGCUGCAACAAUGGUAGCUGUUUUGCCAUCAAAGUUAAAUAUGCGUGAACGUUUGUUCAUAUCAUUUGCGUGGUUACCAAAAGCUACCGUACAAGCAGCUGUUGGACCAGUUGCACUGGAUACAGCUAGACAAUUGAAUUCAAAUGCAGAAAUAAUUGAUUGGGGGGAACAGGUUGUUACAUUGGCUGCAAUUUCAAUAUUAAUUACUGCUCCAAUAGGUGCUAUUUUAAUGCCACUUACUGCACCAUAUUUAUUACGUCAAGAUAUUCAAUCAUCACAAGUAUUAAUAGAACGUACUAAUCCUAAACAUUCACCUAAAUCAAAUUCUGCUCAAUCUACUGAUAUAAUCAAUAAAAAACUACAUAAAUCUAAUCAAAACAUUCAUCAUAGUAAUAAAUCAUCUCAAUUAAAUACUGUACGUAAUACAAAAUUAUAAAUCAAUUCAAUAAUAUACAUGAUUAUUUCAUGUUUACAUUUACCUCUUUUCUCUUUUUUUGUUUUUGUUUACGAUUUAAUAGAUUUUCUUUUCUUUAUUAAAAGAAAAGAAAAGAGAACAAAAUAAACGACUUCAUCCACAAUUAGUUUUUACAAUAAUACCAAGUAGAUAUUAGUUAAUGAUAUGAAAGAAUAAAAUAAAAAAAAUACGUUUAAUCUAUUUCAAAUAGUGUUUUCUUUUCUUUUUUCUUUCUUUUUCUUUCUUUUUCUUUUCUUUCUUUUUUUUUUGAUUCAUAAAAUUUAAAACGUAGCGUUACAAUUGAUUUGUUUGAAACAUACAAACAAACAAACAAACAUAUUACUCUAUAGAAUUCUUUUUCUCAGUUUUUAUUGUACAGUUCCAUCAUAUUUAUUAAUGUUCUCUUUCUCUCUCUAUAGAAACAUAUCUUAUUUAAUUUUAAUAAUCAUUUGAUAAAUUUAUAUCAGAUUCAUUCAUUUAUUCCUUCGUUAUGUUCAGUUUAAAUUUUGUUCAUCGUUUGCAUGUUAACAUAUAGAAUAUAGUAUAGUCAUGUAGUAAUACAAAAUUCAUACAUAUAUAUAUAUAUAUUUAUAUCUAUA